UGUGCGAAGUAUUUCUUGUUCGUAAUCACAGAAAAGGGUAAGUAAAAAUGUCAUCGUUGCUGUAUUUGUCAAAGAAUAAAUUAACUGUGGAUAGAACUUCACAAAAACCUCUCUCACACAUCUCACCUAAAGAAAUGCCAAAAAAAUUGCUUUUGAGAUGGGCAGAUGUUAAAGCUACAGUUAGCCGUCAUAUAUCCGCGUUUAACCUCUUUGAUUGGUUGCUUCUGCAGGCUGAAGUUUUAAAAAUGGCGAUAUUUCCAACGCUUGUGAAUGCGACACGAGUGGUCCAGCGGCGGGUUGCGGUUGGGUUAGGUCGGGGUACUGCGCGCUCACGCACAUCGCACAUGCUGACACCAAACUUUUUCCUAGAGAGAAAAAAAAAUAGUUUGUGUCGAAAAAAAAUAUACGAUUAAUGUCUGAAAAUGUCCCAAACCUCGUGGGCAGCUGCAGUGGAUGUUCAAGAGGCUACAACUCCAUCCAUACAGCUUAACUUUUCAAAGAAGGUGAAUCGAGUUCGUGGUCCACGCAACAUGAUAGGAGACAUAAAUGGCAACAUCAUGCCGGAGAAGGCCGAACAUGGAGGCUGGGGGGACGCAGAGGACAGGGUGAACCUGGCCGAGCAGUCCCUCCUGAACAAACUAAUCCGCCACUCUCUGGUGAGGAACAGGAACCAGGUGGAGGUCCUACAGGCAGACCCCACUUCUCCACUGUAUUCUGUGAAGACCUUUGAGGAACUGAGGCUGAAGCCUGAAUUGCUGAAGGGUGUCUACAAUAUGGGCUUCAACAGACCAUCCAGGAUCCAGGAAAACGCUUUGCCCAUGAUGCUGGCACAGCCACCUCAGAAUCUGAUUGCCCAGUCGCAGUCUGGCACAGGUAAAACUGCUGCUUUCUCUCUGGCCAUGCUCAGCCAUGCAAACCCUGACAAUAAGUGGACUCAGUGCCUUUGUAUCGCACCGACGUACGAGCUCGCGCUGCAGAUUGGUCAAGUAAUCGCGCAAAUGGGGAAAUUCUGUCCAGAUGUGAAACUGGCAUAUGCCAUUCGGGGGAAUAGAAUGGAGCGAGGAGUCAAGUUGCAAGAGCAGAUUGUCAUCGGUACACCAGGCACAGUCCUCGACUGGUGCACCAAGUACAAGAUCAUUGACCCCAAGAAGAUUACAAUGUUUGUGCUGGAUGAGGCUGAUGUGAUGAUUGCCACACAGGGUCACCGGGACCAGAGCCUUCGGAUCCACAGGCAGCUGACGAAGGACUGUCAGAUGCUGCUUUUCUCUGCAACCUUUGAGGACUCUGUGUGGCGGUUUGCAGAGCAAGUGGUCCCCGACCCAAAUAUCAUCCGGCUGAAGCGUGAGGAAGAGACGCUGGACACCAUCAAACAGUUCUACGUGAUCUGCAAGGAGAAGGAGGACAAGUUCAUAGCACUCUGUAAUCUAUACGGGACCCUUACCAUUGCACAGGCCAUGAUCUUCUGCCAUACACGGAAGAUGGCUGCUUGGCUGACUGCACAGCUGACCAAAGAGGGCCAUCAGGUGGCACUGCUGAGUGGUGAAAUGACAGUGGAGCAGAGAGCUGCUGUCAUCGAACGCUUCAGGAGCGGCAAAGAGAAGGUGCUCGUGACCACAAAUGUGUGCUCCAGAGGUAUUGAUGUGGAGCAGGUGUCUCUUGUAGUGAACUUUGACCUCCCAGUGGAUCUGGAUGGGAAUGCGGACAAUGAGACGUACCUUCACCGGAUCGGCCGCACCGGACGUUUUGGCAGACGCGGAUUUGCCGUUAAUAUGGUGGACAGCCAACACAGCAUGGAUAUUAUCAAACAGAUUGAGAUGCAUUUCAACAGGAAAAUCAUAAAACUAGACACUACCAAUCUGGAGGAAAUGGAGAACCUGAUAUGCUGAAUUCUUUGCAGAUGCGGUACCUAAAAUGUGACGAGUUUUUUUUUUUUUUCAAGGGUUUAUUGUUUGCGUUUAAUUGUUUACAGAUGCAUGCAGUUGUUAACUAUGCAAAACAGAACUUUUUCACUUUGAUUUAGCUUUUGAUCACUGACGUCACCUUAAAGCUUUGAGCCGUGUCGCUCUGUCUAUAAACUGACCCAUGGCUGUUUAAAAACAGCAUUUACAAGGCAGAGUGGACGUUUGCAGUGUUUGAUUUAUUUGUGCAGUGAAUUAUUUAUGUAGCAUAUAGAUGUUUGCAUGACUUGAUCGGGUUUGAGUUUAAUAAAAUGUCCUUGAGUGACUUGAAGCAUUUUAAGGUUUAAAAUGCCUGUUUCAGUGUAGCGGGAGCCAGUUGGUAGUUUCACGUGAGGCUAUUAAGUUUUUGUGGAUUUAAAAAAAAAAAGAAAAAAAAGUGCCCCUGUAAAGAGAUGGUUGCCAGAAGUUGAAAGGCAGCUUUUAAGAGUGCAACUUUUGGCACCUUGAAGAAUAAUAUGUUUAAAAGGGGUUUCUCAGUUUCUCUGAGCCUUUUCUCUGAAAUAUCCUAGUUUUUCUUUGUGAACUUUGCUGUAAAUGUU